CACGUGCUGCUUUGAUCGUAAAGGUACACACGAUAAUGUUCCAGGGAUGAAGGCGCUCAUGGUUGAUGUGGUACGCGACACGCGUUGACUCGUGACAGCACAUCUCUGUGCGUCAUUGAGCCCUUCCAACAGAGCUUCCAUUGCUGAACAGUCGACAAAAUCUCCCGAAUGUCAACGAGAUGGAUGAGAGCUUGUCUUAGUGGCGCGGAACCGGAGCCGCCUACCAAAACACGCUAAACGCGACGGCACGUGAAAGCAUCACGUGAAAAGUUCUAUGCUCCACAUGUUGGAACAAAAUCCCAAGGUUAUAUCAAUUGAUUGUUCAGUCGCCAAAGUAUACUCGAAUACUCUGUUCAGCUUCAUAUGUUCUAUUGAUAUUCGACUAGUGGUGUGGUACAUAUGUAUGUAUUCAGCAAUAGCGAGCACUAAAGAUCGUUGACCCAACAACUUGCAGCACUCAAUUCCCAUGAAUCCGAAUAGUCUUGCGUGAGAGCUAUGCAGAGCAUCUAAAUGAAAAAAAUUCAUCAAGAAUCCACCGGAAAACCAGUACAUUGAAUGUUUGUACAUAUGUCUGUCGACGCAAUGUGACUUGUUCCCUGCUACAGAAGCUUCCGUUAAACCAAGUCACUCGUUGAAGCUUGUCGUCGUAGACUGAUCCAACUCAUUCAUUCAUUCAAAAUGCGCGUCCAACUCGUCGCUACUCUGUUCAUUACUGUCGCUUCGACGGUGGCAGCUAAUAUCAUCUACCCUCGGUCUUCCCUGAACGGGCCUUGCACAGGCAAGGACGGCGCAUCUGGUGUGUGCGUUCCUAGAGCUGAUUGUAAUCGCGACAAUGGCACAUAUAUCGAUAACGCAUGCCCUGGCACCCCCGAGGAUAUCAAGUGCUGUACGAAGCCUCAGUGCCAGCUCGAAGCUAAGAAGGGGGAUUGUCGUUGGGUGGAUAAGUGUACUGGAGGAAAAGAUAUUGUGCAGUGGCUUUGCCCGGGCCCUGAUGCGUUUCGAUGUUGCAUCACCAAUGAUGACACACCGGCGCCAUCUUCUGCUCAACCCAGCGAAAAUCCGACCGAGACUUCAAAGCCUUCAGAGAAGCCGGAGCCUACCAAAAAACCAGAGAAGACUCUUGGGGAGAAGGUCCUAGCAAAAGCACAAGAAGCUGAAGGCAUCCAAUAUCACUGGGCUGGAGGCAACUGUAAGGGACCAACUGGUGGUGGCUACGACUGCUCAGGUCUUGUCUCGUGGGCUGUCUGCCAAGUCACUGGACGUGAUCUUUUCAGUGAAGGCCUACGCGUCACUCGCAGCAUGUAUUGUGCAAGCGAGUCCAAGCUUAAAUAUGACAAGAUCAAGUGGGACGAUCGCCGUGUUGGAGACGCUGUUUUCUUCGGUGGUAAAUGUGACUGCGAAAACAACCCAAGCUCCAUUCAUCAUGUGGGCUUGAUGAUGGAUAGUGGCCACACCAUGUUCAAUGCACUAAAAACUGGCACUAAGAUUCGAGUGGAUAAUUUCAAGAACUGGGAUGAGGCAGCCUGCCCUUACGUUAUUCGCUUCAAAUAG